UCAGAGAUAAGUUGAUUCGUGUUCACCCCACAACUAAUGACCAGGUGAUAUUAUAAAGUAGUGAGUUGCUAUGUCAUAUUGUAUGAAUUUCAGAGAUAAGUUAAUUCGUGUUCACCCCACCACGAAUGACCAGGUGAUAUUAUAAAGUAGUGAGUUGUUAUGUCAUAUUGUAUGAAUUUCAGAGAUAAGUUGAUCCGUGUUCACCCUACAACUAAUGACCAGGUGCGAGCCCUAGAAAGACUUCAGGACAAUCCGAUUCUCAAGAUGGACUUUUGGAAGAGACCGCAUUUAAACACUGAUGUAGAAAUUCACGUGCCAAUUAAAAUGUACAAUUACGUCACAAAGAAGCUGUCACGUGUUGGCCUACAGCCAAUCAUUUUAGUCCAUGAUUUACAAAGUGUAAUUGACCAGGAACAAGCAUCCAUGCAGAAUCCUGAUUACGUCAUUGACUCAACAGGCGCCAUUAUGACAUCAUUAAGUCAUUCCAAAAACCAGGAUAUCGUGGGGAAAUUUGCAAGACAUUCCGAGAUUGACAGCUGGCUUACCAGCAUGACGUUACAAUACCCUACACUCGCUAAAGUGGAGUCCCUGGGAUCGUCCCAUGAGGGUCGAGACAUGAAGAUCAUAAAGGUAUUUCUCAUGAAUUCUUAUGUUUUUUUAAGAGGAUAA